AGAGUGACGGUCUUUUCAAAGUUUAAUCCAAUCGUAGGAGCUAAAAUUGGCGCCAGAUUCAAAGUCAAAGCUGCCGCCAAAGGCCGCGAAGCUUUAGCGAUGGGCGUGACGGGCCUGCUGCCGGUGCUCAAGAGCGUCACGGACCAGGUGCACGUGUCCAAGUAUGCAGGCAAGACGGUGGGUGUGGAUGCCUCUGACUGGCUGUACAAGGGCGCGUAUAGCUGCCCCGUGGACCUCGUGCUGGGGAGACCAACUGAUGCGUACCUAAACUACGCCAUCCAGCAUAUUAAGCUGCUCCAAGAGCACAAGAUCACACCCAUUAUGGUGUUUGAUGGAGCUCCACUACCAUCUAAAGCCCAGGAGAACGCUGCUCGUGGCAGGUCCGACAGAUGAACUUGCAGCUAAAAUUUAGCUUCAUAUAACUAGAACACUGUGGCAUUGUCGCAAUAGAUCUCGCCGAGACUGGAAACUCAAGGCCAAGAAGCUGCUAGAGGCGAAAGAAGAGGAUCAGGACCCUCGCGCAAUCUUCUCAGCUUGCACGAGAGCUGUCUCGGUGACCAAUGACAUGGCCAUGAAACUCAUCGCCGUGCUGCGGCGGAUGAACAUCACAUUCUACGUCGCGCCGUACGAGGCAGACGCUCAGCUGGCGUUUCUAUCGAAACAGAAGAUCGUGGACGUGGUUAUCUCGCAGGAUUCGGACUGUGUCCCGUAUGGCGUCAAGACAGUGCUGUUUAAGCUGAGUCCGGAUGGAUGGGGCAGUGAACUCAAGAGGAGAAGUCUGGGUGCAAAUGAAGAGCUGUCGUUCGUUGGGUGGACCGAAGAAAUGUUUAUUCAACUGUGCGUGCUGGCUGGAUGCGACUACUGUCCGUCUGUCAGUGGCGUCGGCAUUAUCACAGCUUAUAAGCUCGUGAGCACGUACAAGACGCCGACGGAGGUUUUGAAAGCAUUGCAGCAGCAAAAAGGAUCGUCAGUGCCUCAAGAUUAUCCAGAGCAGUUCUACUCGGCGAUUCUCACAUAUCAUCACCAGCUCGUGUUUGAUCCCCGUGACGCAAAGUUGAAAAUGCUGAGUCCUCUGGACAUUUCGAAAGAUAUUCUGCCACUGGUGGAUAAAGGACUUCACUUUCUCGGCAAUGUGGAGCUUCGAGACGACGUGGUUGCGUCCAUCGCGGCGGGCGAAAUCCACCCAAUAACACACGAAAGUUACGUGUGGAAAGAUACAGCUGCGACCAUGUUACUCGAUGAGCAGACGACUUCAAAGCCAAACACAAGCAGAACCCGGUCCUCUACAUCAUCCGAAAGCAGCGGCAUGAUCCUGCCCCACCGACGUGACGACCAAAGCACUAACAACUCAUCCCAAGAAGAUCCAGUCAACACUCGAGCUGCGAUUUCACGUCUCCGCUACGAGAAGCCACGCCCGUCAUCGCGAUCAUCCUGGACGCACCUUGACAGCGUCUUGGGCUCUUCCGAUCACAUCGUCAACUUCCGAAGCCCAAAGGUAAGUGAGAACUUCAAGCCGCUCGCUGCCUUGCACGAUCUCCCCAGCUCCAGCAUCAACGCGCAGGAUCUCAAGGAGUUCGAGCGUCGUCCUGUACGAGACCACGUUAAGCGCGUGCGAAACCCAGCUAAUCGAAGACGAGAUGGCAAAGGCAGCGGCUUUGAAGGGGAAGUACUGUGCAAGGUUGACCAAGGUCGCACGUCCAGCCUUGGACUCACCACAGACGACCGCCUGACAGAUGAAGAGAACGCCCCUCCUCAAGCCAAGCGCCCUAAACUAUCUGGCUGUCCCUUGUCGUCUUCGUCGUUGUCUUCACGGGUAUCAGACGCCGGCAGUCAAUCGCAGCUCGUCCGGCCGACACCGUUCGGCUGCGGACGGCCAUCUAGCCCUACGGCCAGCAGCCAUCUCAACUGGAAGCUGCCACCUCGACACUCACAACGUACUAUACAGCAGAACGCCUUUGCCAUGUCGGCAGAGGAGAAAUGGGACCGUAUUCUAGGCGACGAACUCGAUACCGACAGCCAGGUAAGUGACCAAGGUCGUCCGCCUCUAGCUCCGAUCAAUGAGGUGCGCAGAGACGUUAGCUAGACGAGUGUUACACCACACAAACGUAGAGCAAAAGUCCUAGCAGUCGUCAUUCCUACGGAAUAAGCGCACCAAAAACCCUCCUGAGCUACAAGGCCAAGCCUUCUGUGGCCGGUCGAGCCUCGUCGUCUUUGCCGCCUCGCGCCGCUUGCAACGCGAAGAGCCGUCGUCUCCGGAUCGCGUCCUCGUCUGCACUACUGAACCUGGGCGAGGCCGAGAUGGCUACCCGUCCGGCUCCGAGCACUGCUACGGGGACCGGGACGAAGCUUGUACUCCUCCGGUUGUCCACGGGAAUAGGCACAGGAGCCACCAACGCCGCACAGGUAGGCGCCUCGCGCGUCACGAAGCUCGUCUCUUCCAUUGACUCUUCCAGCGCUCGCAUCCAGAGCGAACUGCCGCCGUCUGAAGCGUGCGGAGCGCCGCCGUCGACGCCUCCUCGACGCCCAAAGCGGCCGCGCUGGUAGUCUCGUAACGGAGGCAUUUUCUCUAGGAAUCGUAGGUUAGCAGAGACCAUCGCACGCUUACGACGCGGCUGGUCGUCGAGCUGGUUGUCCACGAGUCCCGCUUGGCGGAAAUACACGUCGUCGCAACUCACGUGCUUGGCACUGGGCGACGUCUGCGGACGCGCGCGCUUGGUGGAUCGAGCUCGAAGCGCCAUGACGGACAAGUGGAUGGGAUCUGGUGGGUCUUAGUCGGUUGGUUCUUGGACGACUGAGUUGUGCUCGCUCCUGAGCUCGAGAGGCGCUUUGCUCGAUCGUUUCACGCAAAGAGACGCGAUGUGUAUUUGAUUCAAGGUGGAGCCUUGGGCUGGUCGCCGUAUGGGUCUGGAUUGUUUCUGUGUCUUCUCGCUCGAUUUGUCCUUUGCAGGAGGUUGGCAGAGGCUCCACCAAAAAGCUGGCGUCGGUUGCAGUCUGGAAAUAUAAAGCGUAAGGGCUGGUAGGUUACUCUGUUGUUGAAUAUAUUGAGAAGGACACGCUCGCACGUGCGAUGGAGAGUGUAGCGCACGCCUCAUGUAAUGGAGUCUUGCUGCGAGUGUUUGAGGCCCUUGCCCUUCCUUCUCCAAGCCCGAG